UUGUAUAGUGUUAGUAUCGAGUUUGUUAUUUCGGAGCUUUUUUUAAUUAUGAAAACUAUAUACAGACAUAUCGUUUGUCUUUUUAUUUUAUUUUGUUAUAUAGGAUCACCUGUUAGAUCCGAGAAGUCAGUAAAAAUUCCAGAAGAUCUGAAGAUUGAAGUUACAUUUAAGCCAGAUGAGUGUUCGAAGACGACUAGCCAUGGCGAUAAGGUAUUGGUGCAUUACACAGGCAAACUGGAGGAUGGGUCCAUGUUUGAUACAAGUCGAGUAAACGAAGACUCCGAGCCAAUUGAAUUUCCACUUGGUUCUCAGGAAGUUAUCAAAGGCUGGGAUUAUGGUCUCGUCGGCAUGUGUAUGGGUGAAAAGAGAAGACUGACCAUUCCACCGAGACUUGCGUAUGGAGACCAAGGAUCAGGUGAUAAGGUACCACCAGGCGCAACGUUAAUUUUUGAUGUGGAAAUGAUUGAAUUCAAACCGAACUGGCGGCAUGGCAUGCCGAAUACAUUCAGAAAGAUAGACCAAAAUGAUGACAAGAUUCUCUCAUUCGAAGAGAUAUCAGAUUUCAUCAAAUCUGAAGGAACUUUUACCGACCCAGAUUUAUUGAAAAAAAUGACGAAAGAGGUUCUAGACAGAGACGACAGGGAUAAGAAUGGAGAGAUUUCCUGGAGUGAAUUCAGCGGACCAAAGCAUGACGAGCUGUAAACAGUAUCGUCUAGGGGGUGCGCUCCCCCACCCCUCUUCCCCCCGCCCUCCAUGGAGAAUUUUCGAAACAAAAAAGUCACGCUCACCAUAAUUUGCGAGCUGACACCUUUCACGUAAUCAUCGAUCCCCUUGACCUAAUCAUCGAGCAACCCCAUUUCACCUUCUUCGAUCCUCUAUCUCCACCCCGCCACCAUUUCAAGGUUCUAAGACUUAACGGUAAAAUGACGAAUCCAAUAAAUGAGUCAAUUGCAUUUGGUUAGGCGUUAGUAGUUUCAGAACUGCAUUUACGAUGCGUUAUCAGUUUAGUUAUUCUUGAUUAUUCAUUGAGGAGUCCAUACCGUAUUGGUUUAAUAGUAAUGUGUUAGAUUUGUAUAGCACUUUAUGCCAACAAGGUCUCUAAACGCUUCACAUACGUUUAAAACCUUUUAAUUAAUUUAAUCUAUUUAAUGUGAUUUUUUUGCUGGAGAGUCACCUCAUAAUUAAUAAAUCAAUGUAAUAUUGCUGUUUCUUUGUUAAAAUUAAUGUAGAACUCAGAAGAAGACACUUCUUAUGUAAUAAAAUCGUAAU